AUGGCCUCCGCCCCCGCAGACUCCUCCAAAGAAGACGAAACACACAUUCCUCCUUCACCAGAUGCCGCAAUCAGCGAUCUUGUUGAGCGCGUGGCGCAGGUCUCCGUGCAAGCCACGGACUCUGGCGACACAUCGACGAGCAAAAGCGAGCGCAUCUCCCAUAGUCCGCUCCGAGUCUACACCCGGUCACAGGCCAUGUAUCUUCGCGAUUCUCCCCUUGUCAAACCGCCUAAAGGCAUGCCGUCUUUGAAAGAAUGGUUCGGUGAUUGGAACGAACAACAAGCCAGUGCCAAGAAGGAUAAUGAAAUUCCUAGCCCUCUUACCAACGGCAGAGAGCGACGCUUCCGGCGAGAUGCCGAAGACACCGAUAACUCUCGUCCGUCGUUCCGCUCAGGACUCUCCCAGCCAUCCCAGAUGGGCAACUUCAGACAUCAGUCACUCCGCACGAAUGAUCGUGACAAGGACAGGGAUUCCGAACGAGAACGCGAGCGUGAUAUGAGGGACAGAGAGGGUCAAGAGCGGCUGCGAAACCUCUCGGACAAAUGGGAUCGUGACCGCCUCGCAUUAUCGUCUUCAGUCUCAGGUUUGCGCGGAAAAGAACGCGAUUCUGCUCCUCAUCUAGCAUCGACCACGCCAGCCCGCGCAGGACAGGCUCAAGGCUCCAGUUUGACUACUCGACGCGCCGAAGGCCGAGAGCCGACAAAGCGUAAAAUUGGAGAGAGCGCUGAUGACUGGCGAAGGGGAUCUGAUGCGCCACGGUCGGGGAGGGAUGAUCAGACCGUGACAUUCGCGACAGACCGAGGUCGAGAGUCCGGGAUUCUUCUCGGUCUAGGCGCGAGCCAUCCACUAGGCGCGAUCGCGAUGAGCGCGACAGAGACCGCGAUAGACCUCGUGACAGACGUGGGGACGACCGUGAUGAACCCCGCAGAGACAAAGAAGACUAUCCCCGCCGAGAACGAGAUGAUAAUCGCCGCGACUGGGACGACUUCUACAACCGCGGCGACCGGGAUCGCGAUGAGCCUUAUCCACGUGGUGACCGUUACCGUCCUAGAGACUCCGACCGAGACACCGAUGACGACCCUAGGCGUUGGAGGGAUGAUGGUAGACGUGAUGAACGAAUGGCAGCCAGGCGUGAGCGUGAGCGCUGGGAUAGGCAUGAAGACAGGGACAGGGAACGGCCUUCAGAAGAUGCUCGACCGAGACGGGGCGCGGCACGAGACCGGCGCGCGGGAACGCGAGAAAGAGGCUGAGCCCGCAUGGAUGGAAACGUACGUGCCUACAACGUCUGGAGGGGGUAUUCUUGGCGGACAGAGUGUGGACGGCGAGUUGGACGGCAUUCAAGCUUGGAAGAAAGGCAUGAAGGAGAAGGAACGUCAGGAGAAGGAGAGCGAGGCGGUCGCCGCGGCGAAAACAUUUGAUGACGUGAAGUCGUCUCCAACAUCUGCGGCCCCCACUCAGCCGGAAAGCCAACUCGACGAGAUACAGCUAUUCAAGCUUAUGAUGAAGCGAGAAGCAGAGAAAAAAGAGAACGAGCAACACUCAAAGGAGAACACUGUCCCACAGACCGCUCUAGAACAGAGCUUGUCGUCCUUAGGUUUAACCGCAGCAAGCAUUAAUGCGCCAUCUCAAAGUGUAGUCGACGAAACACAGGCUAUUAUCAACCGCGCGCAUGCAGACGGGCUGUCGCUAACGAAGUCUGCGACCAUUCCUGACGGCUCGCAAUCAUUGCUCUCCGUGCUGAUUCCCUCUACCUCUGCCGAGACUGUCUCGCCCUCUGCGUCAGCCAAAUCCUCGUCGCUUGAUCCACCGCCCGAAGGAUCGAGGGUCCUUGCUUCUCGUGCAACAUCAACACUCCCUCCACCACCAGGUGUUGCCGCACCGCCAUCCCUGUCCAAUGCAUCCUCCUUCGAUGCGUCAUCGUCAAACGUAUCUAGUCCUUCCACUUUCAACCCCCCUACCGGCUCCCGCCUUCUCGCCUUUGGUUCUCGUGCUCAGCCGGGGUCUCUUGGUCCCGAGCCUAUACCCUCGAAGAGCCUGCAAGGUCUCGACUCCCCUGCUACCCAACUGCCACCGCCAGGUGUCCCUCAGAGAGCGUCAAACAUGCCCCCUACCUCGAAUCCCUCCAUGCUGCCCGAGGCCGUUCCUGGUCUCGGUGGCGAACCUCAUCUCUUCCACAACGGGAGGCACAACCCUCUCGAUGGGCCACGAAUGCAACGGAGUUUCUCGCCUCACAGUAGUAUGUCUCAAGUGUCCGGCCAGUUCGACGAAUUCCAUGAGGGCCAGAUGCUGGGUCAGAUGGGCGACCUACGCCGUGCAUCCCUACACGAUCGAGCAGGCCUUGGUCUUGCUAAUGACGUCGGUCCUUCUUAUGGCGACCUGAGUUCCCCAAGUUCUCUAGAGCUCGCAAAUGCGAAUUAUGCAACGGGCAAAGGCAGCCGCUUCGCCAAGUUCUUCGACUCGAAAACCAGGGAUGCGCCUCCUGUGGCAAAUAGGAAGAUGUCUGGCAUGGCGGGCUUCCCCUCCAACGCGCAAAUUCCUGAUCCUCGUCAGGGAGGUAUGGGCUUGAACGGAGGAAUCAAUGGCAAUGGCGAUACCAGGACCAUGGAAGAUAUCUUCGCCAUGUUGCAAAAUUCAGCACAGAACCACCGUGCUUCUCCUCAGCUUCCCACGUCCGGGCGCAUCCCAUCUGGAGGUGGCUCGUACGGUCACGGCCCGACCGACAUCAUGCAGCAACAAAUCCACCAACAGCAGCACUUCCCGCCAAACAACCAUCUCGACUCGCUGUACGACAGCCGGAUAGACGACAGAUUUGUCCCCGACGGUAUGGUACCCGGUCUGCGACCUGCGCCUCCACGAUCCCGCAGCAGGGAGCCCAGCGGCGUCCUCUUCAACGAACAAUUGGACGACCCUCUGCAUUUUAAUGCCCGUCUGCAGCAGCAGCAGCAGCAGCGCAACCUCGACCAGAUAUAUCCUGGGUCGGUACCUGCGAUGUACUCUCAGCAGCCGGGCAUGGUCCGGAACGGCGGCUUGCCUCUUCAGCAGCAACAGUUCCGUGGAAACCCCUCACCGAUUUCCAACCAAAAUAUGCUCGGGGGACCCGGGCAGCGCCUACCUCCCGGUCUUGCGAAUCUAGGCGGUAGACCGCCGCAUGAUCCGUCGCAGUAUCUGGGUGGUCCACUGGGCGGUAUGGGCGGUGGUCUCCAAGGAGGCAUCCAUGGCGCCUCGGCCCUCCAGCAGGGCGGUUUCAACAACCUUGGCGGCGGGGGUCUCGGCGCUGCUGGUAUGGGUGGGUACGGCGGAGGUCCUCAGCUACGCGGCCCUGCGCCGCAGAAUCCCCUCGGUCUCAACUCUAUGGCCAACAUGGGACUCCAGAACAACCUCGAGUUGAGGGCUGCCAGCCAGGCGCAGCUGCUAGGCAUGGGCGGAGGGAUGGGCGGCGGCCUUGGUGCUGGUUUGCGAGGGCAAGGCCCAGGAUUCGUCCCUCAGCAUGGGCCCUCGGGUCAGCUUCCAUCGCACAUGUCGAUGCGCCAGCAGCAGCAGCAGCAGCAACAGCAGUUGCCGUCACAUCUGAUGCCCCAUAUGCUCCCUCCUCACCUUGCACAACAACCGGGACUCCCUGGUGGAAAUGCUCAGGGCACGCAAGACCUGAUGGCUCUCCUGAUGGGCGGUCACCGGGAAUAG